GCCUCAUCCAUCUGCUCCUCCAUUGGCGCCAUGGCUUUGCGAAGAUCGGUGAUUUGUCGAAAAUGGAUCAAUGCCAUGCCGCGAGAUAUGAUCGCACCAUCAGCCUUGGUGAAUGCAGAUCGCCCCAACGAUGCCAUCAGGCAGUUCAAUGCCCUGCGGCGCAUGGCGCGUCAGAACGAUGCCAUUCAGAAGGCCGCGCGCAGCGUGCGCCGAGAGUUCCCGACGCACACCAGAACCAUCAAUCGGCAGAACCAGGUCUACUAUUCAAAGUGGCACUACAUGAAGUAUUGCACUCAAGUGAUCAAAUAUUCCUUGAGGAGAGGUUUACGCCUGCGCGACGAAAUCGAAGAUGAGGCAUCGGUGACCCAGAAACCAGUCUUCGAAAACAUCGAGCCAUCAUCCUUUGGUUCGGGACGCUUCAGUGAGCGGCAGUACCACAAGUUGCAAGACAGCUACAAAGCCGAGCAGAAACGACAGGACCAGCAGGUGGCGAAGGAGACGGCCUUCUCUGAGGAUGAGCUCCGCAACUUUCUGAGGCAGAAAAGGUCUUCGUCCGGUUGAACCCCGCGGAAACGACGACCCCGUUUCACCCACAAAACCAAGGAUGAUUUGAGG